AUGGAGUGCCUCCCUGCCGAGAUCAUCCUUGCAAUUGCAGAUGAGCUUCCUAACAGCCACAGAACUCGAUGUAGCCUGCUGCAGGUCUGCCGCGACUGGCGUUCUAUUCUUUUCAAGCGCCUCUACAGCAGCGCCCACGUCAGCACUCAUCGCCUACGACGGCUGAUUGAGACUGCUCUAUCAAAUCCUGAAAUAGCAGAAACCAUCCGGGAUGUCUUCAUCUAUAUGAGAUUCGCAUCGGAUCUAGACGACCAGCCCACCCUCAGCACUGCCUUGCAGGAUCUCGUUAACCAGCUCAGCAAGUCAUCAGAGGAGGCGGAGGAGUGGUUUUUAGACCUCGAGGAGUAUCGCGACGGAGCUUGGAUUGCCUUGCUAUUUACUGUGCUACCCAAUGUGGCCAUUCUACAAGGGAACCUGAAAUAUCCCAAGUGGGUAACUCGUCUUGUCUCUCGUGCAGCCUUCAAGGAGCCCCCUUUUGACGAUCGACCGGUGCUACAGCGCUUCGAAUCUCUUCAGCUGAAAAUCGAGGACUGGAAGGACUACGUUCAUUCUUAUGAACUUACUCCUUUCCUUCAUCUCCCGUCUAUCUGCUCUAUGGAUGUAGAGGGCGUGAACGAUCAUGACCAGCCAGAUGACGACGAGAACCAUCUGGCUCUCCAUGCAGCCCCUGCGACUUCAUCACUUAAGGUUCUUAAACUGGACCGUAACUGCAAUUCCAGAUAUGGAAUGUUGAACUUCAUGAACUCCUGUGCCAGCCUCAAGCAAUUCACCUAUGCGCACAAUGAUCCGGUCUAUUUGGGCCAGCGGUAUAGCAAAUUCCGCCCGCGCAAAUUUCGCGGGCCGCUACUCGCACAGCGGCAAAGUCUCGAAGUCCUCCAUUUAACGGAUGACUGCUUGUCGAGCGGCGUUGACAAGAGCGACAGUGAAGACGAUGGCACGGACGAUAGUCGCGAUGGGCCCUGGAGCAGAUGGUUUGGUUCGCUUGCACUGUUUGAGAGUCUAACGGAUCUAUGUCUGCCCGUGCAAAAUCUGCUGCCCUUCCAUCCUAAGGAUCGCAACCAGAGUCUCAGUUCUUUGAAGGACAUCUUACCUCGAAGUUUAAUAGUUCUGCGUGCGGCUUACUGCCAGGAAAGGCACUGUGACUUACUCGUUCAGAACCUCAAAGAUCUGCUCUACAGUUGUGACGAGCAAGUGCCGAAUUUGAAGCGCGUGGAAGUCUACUCAGCCCUCGCUGAGUCUUCGUUACCACCACCUGACCGGCUUUCUCUCCGUCGUCCUAUGUGGAAUACAACGUCCGUGGCCAAGUUUAUCAGUGAAAAACUCGACCCUCUCCGUGAACUCUUUAGGCAGGCUGGAGUGGAAUUUGGAAUAUCGCUGAAGGGCAGCUAUGAGAUAAAGUUUAUGGGGUAA